AUGAAUCCAGACAUGAGACACAACCAUCACCUCACACGGCAAAAGUGGUCCUCCAUUCAAGGUCACGAUGAAUGUGCCCCAGGCAACCCUAUUUUCAAGAACGACGACAGACCCAGUAUGACGUCCGUAUCAACAAUCAAUCAGCCAUUACUGCAACCGUCCAUGAUAAGAUCCUCUCCUGCAUAUGCAUCCAUUUCAGAAUCCCUCGACUCUCAUCGCCCUUUCAAUGACAAGUACGGCCGCUGCCUGGAGAUCCUGCACUAUGGCACGAACAGCACCGUCCGCCUCCACCAGACCAAGCUGUCCGCGUAUGGGAAGAAAUCAAAACAGCUUUUUGCCGUCAAGGUCUACCGAUAUUACAACAACAUUGUCCGUGGAUCACAUAGUCUCGCCCGCGAGUCGUGUUGCGCGGCAGCCUCUAUCGCCAAUUUCCAUCCUCGACACCCGAACAUCCUCGCAAUCACGGAGAUUCUCCACAACGAGCGUGGCGAACUAUGUCUCGUGAUGCCCUUCUGCGCAGGUGGCGACCUUCACGAACUGCUCUCUCGCUCGGGACCCUUGGCAACCAGCGAGGCGGAUUGUAUCAUUGCUCAGAUGCUGGGGGCUGUGUCUUUUUUGCAUGAAAAUGGAACGGCCCAUCGAGAUCUUCGCCUUGAGACGGUCCUUCUCACUCAACGCGGGGCCUGCGCUGUCGCCCCGGCCGAGCGUGACGAGCACCAUGACGAGAGUGAGACCGAUGCUGCACGGCCUUCGCGCGGAAAGUCAUGGUCUUUCUCUUUGCCCUGGCUUGUCGCUCCAUUCAAUCACAUCAGUGGUGGCAAGGGGAAUAGCGGAGAGUCGGCGGGUUCUCCCGCCUUGUUUCCUGGAAUCAGCUGGCCGUAUAUUGCCCCUGAAGGAUACUCGUCCUCAUCACGUCGUCCAUCAUAUCGAGAUCAUAUUGAGUGUGAUGAGGACGAGGAAAAUGAAGAUGGCUGUCGUGAUCCUCGACCAGCUGACGUGUGGGCUACGGCAGUGAUCUACAUGGCCCUGAUUACCGGCCGCUUACUCUACUCUGGCGAAGUGCGCGGCCCAACCGUGAGGACGCAAAGUAUCUGGAAUAUCUCCAUUGUCGUCGAGAAGAAGAUGGAUAUCCGCCCAUCGAAGCAUUAG